GCUAUAGACGCCUGCGCAAUAAACCAUGCUUGAUCAUAUGAUUGAACUCGUUUUUGUUACGCUCACGAAGUGUUUCCAGCAACAGCAUGGCGUCCGUUAUCAAAGACACGGGAGAAAUUUGGAGUAGACUUUUCGAGCAUCGUCCAUUUAUACAAGGUGAAGUAAAUUUCUUUCUACGAGAAUUCCAGGAAAAGAGAAACGAUAGAGAAGUGGAAAGACUUUUCAAAAUUCUUGAAUAUUCAACGGAACUAAACCAAAAUCAAUUGCCACGUGCAGAGCAACUUGGAGAUUGUCAUUUACCAAGUUUAAAAGCAAACAUUGAUGUUGCGCUUAGUAUGUGCGAAAGGGUACUUCAAAGACAAGAAGAAUUUGACAGUGAUCUAGCGUUGCAACAUAGCAGAGAAAUUCGUAAAGCAGAAUGGGAAAAAUUUAUAAAUGAUAUGAGUGACAAAUGCCAAAAAGUAGAUAAAGCUUUUCAGGACAAAGAAAACGAAAUCAAAGAAUAUUAUAUUGAUUUAGAAAAAAAGUUACACAUUACACCUUGAUUCGAUCAAUAUUUCACAUUUACUACUUCCAAAUAAAUUCUUAGAAUAGUAACAACGGUGCCACAUAUAUGAAUACUUAAUAUUAU